AUGAAUAAAAACCCAGAUUUGAACACAUGCAGCAUCAUUAUUCUGCUUCAUCUGUUGAAGAGAGAAUCUCAGAUUUUGUCCUGCAGUAGCUUUUUUAUCACAGUCAGCUCUGACCCGUGCUAUGAUUACAACACUAUUGAUGAAUCUUGGAGAGACAUACACCAAAACCCAUAUCAGGACUAUGGACAUGAUGACACUACUGUUAAGUGGAACGGCUGGUAUCGACUGUAUUUGAAUGGAGAAAGUGCUCAGAUGUCUGAAUGGUGUGUGAAUAAAAUGGGAUGUGGUGGUCAAACGGGACUGUUUCUCAACGGCUCUCAUCCAAAACUAGAAGAUGGAGUGGUGACCCGUGAGGUUGUGGGAAGUUAUUUGUGGGGGUGGUUCUCCAAGCGGUGUGAUCAGUACAGCUCCAACCCCAUCCAAGUCAAAGCCUGUCCAGGAGAUUAUUAUGUCUAUGAAUUCAUCACACCAAAUGUGUCACUCAACAAGCCCUCAUACUGUGCAGUUGCUUUCAGCAGCAUCAACAAUGAUCCCUGUUACAACUAUGAGUCUCUGGAUCGUCCCUGGAGAGCAACAACUGAAAGAGGAUUGGAGAUUAGUGAUAGAAUCUUCUCCUGGAAUGGCUGGUACAGACUUUAUCAUUAUGGGAUGAACAUCCAAAUGCCAGAGAGCUGUGUUAGGCCAUACAGCUGUAACUCAUACACGGGUCUGACACUUAAUGGUCCUCACCCUCAGAUAGAAGAUGGGGUGGUGAUCCGUGAGGUCUGUGGGGCAAGUUUUUGGAGUAGUAACUGCUGUGAUUACAAAUCAAAACCCAUCAGAGUAAAAGCCUGUCAAGGAAAUUAUUAUGUUUAUGAACUUGUAAAUCCAGAAGACUCGUGGGCAGGAUAUUGCACAGAUGUCAGCACUGUAACACAGGUGGACUACACAACACCUUCAGCUAUGAUUACUGGAUCCAGCGUUACCAUGAGUGAUCCAUGCUCAAACUACAACAUACUGGAUGAAUACUGGAGGAACACACACAAUUACUGGUAUGAAUAUGGAUAUACAAAUGAACAUGAUGACACUCAUGUAAAAUGGCAUGGCUGGUAUCGACUCUUCCUCAAUGGAUCGAGCGCUCAGAUGCCUGAAUGGUGUGUUAGUUAUAUGGCAUGUGGAGGUUUCAGUUCUCUGUGGCUUGCUGGUUCUCAUCCUAAAGUAGAAGAUGGAGUUGUUACUCGUGAAGUCCACGGCUCUCUGUAUGAUCAGUGCAGUCGUUUCACAUCAAACCCAAUCCAAGUCAAAGCUUGUCCUGGAGAUUAUUAUGUCUACAAAUUUACCAGACCAAGUCUAGUGAUCGCAGGGCCUUCAUAUUGUGCAGUUUCUUUCAGCACUCCAAGUGUAGACCCCUGUGACAGCUACACCAGUCUGGAUCAGUCCUGGAGAGCCACUAAUUAUCCAGUAUAUAACUACAAUGGCAGGUGUGAUUAUAAUGUCAAGUGGAACGGCUGGUACAGACUUUUCCUCGAUGGUCAGAGUACUCAGAUGUCAGAAUCAUGUGUUAGUCCGAAUAUGUGUGGCACUUUUUACCCACUGUGGCUCAAAGAUCCUCAUCCACAGCUGGAGGAUGGAGUGGUCACAAGACACCUCUGUGUGUCCGCAUGGAACGGCUGUUGUGGUUGGGAAUCUCAUCCCAUACAAGUCAAAGCCUGUCCAGGAAAUUACUACGUUUAUGAGUUUGUCAAACCAAUGCUCUGUGCUGCUUACUGUGCAGAAGGCAACACCACACUGCCAAUCCAGACAACAUCAGAGACUCCGCCCACAGAAUUCAUUACUCCGCCCAUCACUUACACUGAAGUUGAUCCCUGCUCCAACUACAAUGUAUUGGAUGAUCUCUGGAGAUCCACCAGUAAUCAGGAUUUAUCUCAGACAAUGUGUGACAGGUUUGUGGAUUGGGCGGGUUGGUAUCGACUCAUCAUUCAGGGUGAGAGUGUUCAGAUGCCAGAAACAUGUGUCCCAGAGUACAGAUGUGGUACUGAUGCACCACUGUGGUUAAAUGGUGGACAUCCAACGGUUGAAGAUGGAGUGGUCACACGAGACGUCUGUGGUCACUGGAGCGGUGACUGCUGUUAUUUCCACUCCAAUCCCAUUAGAGUCAAAGCCUGUCCAGACAAUUAUUAUGUCUAUGAAUUUGUGAGCCCUAUAACCUGCCAUUUGGCAUACUGUGCAGAUGUUAAAAACCUCACUCAUACUACUGUCAGGCCAGAGACAACAAUCACCGAAGAAACCACAGACAUCACUAUGUCUGGUACUACAGUUUCUUUCAGUACUCCAAGUGUAGACCCCUGUGACAGCUACACCAGUCUGGAUCAGUCCUGGAGAGCCACUAAUUAUCCAUUGUAUAACUACAAUUACAAGUGUGACUAUAAUAUCGAUUGGAACGGCUGGUACAGACUUUUCCUCGAUGGUCAGAGUACUCAGAUGUCAGAAUCAUGUGUCGAUCAGGAGAUGUGUGGCACUAUAUACCCACUGUUCCUCAGAGAUCCUCAUCCACAUUUGGAGGAUGGAGUGGUCACACGACAUGUCUGUAUGUCAACAUGGAACGGCUGUUGUGGUUAUGAAUCUCAUCCCAUACAAGUCAAAGCCUGUCCAGGAAAUUACUAUGUUUAUGAGUUUGUCAAACCAAUGGACUGCGCUGCUUACUGUGCAGAAGGCAACACCACACUGCCAAUCCAGACGACAUCAGAGACUCCGCCCACAGAAUUCAUUACUCCGCCCAUCACUAACACUGCUGAGAGAGAUCCCUGUUCUGAGCUCAACUGUACUGAAGAUGAAUGGUGUGGAGAGAUGAACAGUGUUUACGGCUGUUUAUGCAAUGACAACCAAACCAGAUCUGAUCCUGACUCUUUUGAUUUCUUUGAAACCUGUGAAAGCAGUACAGGAUCUAUAUCUAUAUCUCGCUGUCAGCUCUUUGAAGCUGGUUUUUCAGCUCAUGGCCUGCACCUCAAUGAUCCCAGCUGCAGAGGAAUCAUCCAGAACGGCCGAGUGGAGUUUAGUUUUGAUAACAAUGGACACACCUGUGGUACAAAUCUUGUGGCCAAUGGCACUCAUAUCAUUUAUGAGAACUUUAUUUUGGGAGCACCAGGGUCAUCCGAAGGUCUCAUCAGCAGAGAGAGAAAUCUGCAGAUAUCUUUCAGCUGUGUUUACCCCCAAACACAAACAUUUUCUAUGAUAGAAAUCAACCCACUGGAGAGCAUUGUGCACCAGACCCUUCCUGCUGGUCAAGGGAUGUAUCAGGUCCGAAUGAUCCCAUAUGAGGACGUUGGGUUCUCUCAGCCCUUCAAUGGUAGUGUGGAUGCAGAACUCAACCAGGAGAUUUUUGUUGAGGUUCGUGUUGAUGGGGUUGACAGUCGACAGUUGGUGACAGUGAUUGACACAUGUUGGGCUACACCUGUGAAUGAUCCAGAUUACAGUCUGCGCUGGGAUCUCAUCACUGGAGAGUGUCCAAAUCCACAUGAUAACACAGUGAAGCUUCUUCAGAAUGGUGUCUCAACAUCCAGCCGUUUCUCCUUCAGGAUGUUCAUCUUCAACUCAAACUCCACUAAAGUUUAUCUGCACUGUGCUGUUCAUCUUUGUCUUCUGGCAAACAAUUCCUGCUCAGCUCACUGUGUCUCCGGAUAUCACCAGAGGGUCGGCAGGUCUCUGGACUUCCAUGACAGCUCUUCUAUAUCCAUGGGUCCUUUCGUCUGGUCCGAUGGAAAUGCAGAGAAUUGGGCUCCAGAUUUAGUGCGAGUGUCCGGAGGUCCAGGUCUGUGUGGUUGUUUGAUGAUACUGCUGGUUUCUCUCCUGAGUGCCUGCACCAUCUUCUAG